UCCUGGAAGGGGACUCCAUGGAUCAGGAUGUGGAGAGCCCUGUGGCCAUUCACCAGCCAAAGUUGCCUAAGCAAGCCCGGGACGACCUGCCAAGGCACAUCAGCAGAGAUCGGACCAAAAGGAAAAUCCAGAGGUACGUGAGGAAGGAUGGGAAGUGCAAUGUCCACCACGGCAAUGUGAGGGAGACCUAUCGCUACCUGACUGAUAUCUUCACCACUUUGGUGGACCUCAAGUGGAGAUUCAACCUGUUGAUUUUUGUCAUGGUUUACACGGUGACUUGGCUCUUCUUUGGAAUGAUCUGGUGGCUAAUCGCUUAUAUCCGAGGAGAUAUGGACCACAUAGAGGACCCCUCCUGGACUCCUUGUGUCACCAACCUCAAUGGGUUCGUCUCUGCUUUUUUAUUCUCAAUAGAGACAGAAACCACCAUCGGGUAUGGCUACCGGGUCAUCACGGACAAGUGCCCAGAGGGAAUUAUUCUCCUCUUAAUCCAAUCAGUGUUGGGAUCCAUUGUCAAUGCAUUCAUGGUGGGAUGUAUGUUUGUAAAAAUAUCUCAACCCAAGAAGAGGGCAGAGACCUUGGUCUUUUCCACCCACGCAGUGAUCUCUAUGCGGGAUGGGAAACUGUGCCUGAUGUUCCGGGUGGGGGACCUGAGGAAUUCCCACAUUGUGGAGGCUUCCAUCAGAGCCAAAUUGAUCAAAUCCAAACAGACUUCAGAAGGGGAGUUUAUCCCCUUGAACCAGACAGAUAUCAACGUAGGCUACUACACAGGGGACGACCGCCUAUUUCUGGUGUCACCACUGAUCAUUAGCCACGAAAUUAACCAACAGAGUCCUUUCUGGGAAAUCUCCAAAGCCCAGCUGCCCAAAGAGGAACUGGAAAUUGUGGUCAUCCUAGAAGGAAUGGUGGAAGCUACAGGGAUGACGUGCCAAGCCCGAAGCUCCUACAUCACCAGUGAGAUCCUGUGGGGUUACCGCUUCACUCCUGUGCUGACCCUGGAGGAUGGGUUCUAUGAAGUCGACUACAACAGCUUCCACGAGACCUACGAGACCAGCACCCCCUCCCUCAGUGCCAAAGAGCUGGCGGAGCUGGCCAGCAGGGCAGAGCUGCCCCUGAGUUGGUCUGUAUCCAGCAAACUCAACCAACACGCAGAACUGGAGACGGAGGAGGAAGAAAAGAACCCCGAGGAGCAGACAGAGAGGAAUGGUGAUGUGGCAAACCUAGAAAAUGAAUCCAAAGUUUAAUCCCUGAGCUGGGAGGCCCCUUCUCCUCUCCCCAACACAACCUUUCUUCAUCUCUCAUCUCUCUCUUUCUGUCUCUCUCACUUUGUUCUUUUAUUUAUAUUUCAUUUGAUAUUACGAGAACGCAAGGCUUCAAGGUGUAAAAUAUCUACCUGCCCUCUCUCAAUUAUUCAGAUGAACAAGGUAGGCACGGAUUUGGUCCAGGUGCAAUGAGGCCUCGUGUGGCCCAGGCUGGGUCUCCUCCCAGAAUAGCCCACAUCCAGCUCCUACAGAGAUAAGUCAGUUAGCAUGUGUUCUCCAGUGCCAGAGCAUUCCAGAGGGUGGCAAAGAUAUUACCUGGGAUAAGACAAGAAAGGUCUUCAGUGCCUAAUUAUCCACGCAGUGAGACAUAAUGUUUCCCAGAGUCCUGUCAAUUUCAUCUACAGGGUGAGGUGCUUGCCACACACAGGCAUAGCGGUCACAGGGCCCAGGCGAGUUUAAGACAAAACACUGUACAUAGAUCUGCCUUAUGUAAUUAUAUUUUUUUCGCAUUUAGUUAUAAAACCAAGCAUGUACAAAAGU